UUGACGUUUCCAUACACUCUGUCUCUCCUGUGUGGGUGUGUGUUUUUGUGUGACCGCGUAUUGUGCGCGCGCCUCGCUGACGCUCCACAGCCCCGUGGAGCUGUUGUUCCCAGAGAGCAGGAGGACAAUCAGACGAACUGCUGGAUUAGAGCGACAAAAGAGAAAGUGCAAUCUCCCGUUUUUAAAAACUCUUCCCUGGCUCUUCGUUUGUCUUUUUUUGUGGAAUCGUCUCGUGCUCGGCUGAUCUUUGCAGGGUUUCCACGGCGGCGCACAGACCGGUAUGGAUUUACCAAUUACGAGACAACACACGCCGUCUAGUCCUCCGCCAAAGUUUUGAUUGUCAUCGUUGCCUCUCGGCCCCGGAGCUGAGGAAAGCGCUGAACUUUGACGCAACAUUCGCCGAGACUGGGGGCCACAUGUGAGGACAUUUGGAGACAAAUAUUUGUCGGAGCGUCGUUUCGCUGCACUCGACCAAAUCGCUCAUGGGGUGACCCACAUAGAGGUCCUUAGAAGUGACUGUGGGACAGGCAGUCUCCCUCCCGGCCAAAACCCUCUUCCUGUCCUUUCCUUAAAGGCAAUGAUUACUGGCUUAGACACUCUCCACAACUCCACUGUGUGAAUGAAUCUUUGCCGUAAAGCCACUGUGAUCUGCCACCCUGUCACCAUGAAGAGCAAGUAUUCCCAGUACCACAAUAAGAGUCUGAUCCACUCCUACUAUGCCUUCGUUAAGAACAUGACCCCCCAGGAUCUGGAUAAACAUAUUGAGAGUAAAAAACAGCUCACCACCCUCAAUAUUGUCAUUGUGAUCCUCUGCACUAUCAUCAUCCUGGAGAAUCUGCUGGUCCUAAUUGCUGUCUGCCGCAACAAGAAGUUCCACUCCGCCAUGUUUUUCUUCAUCGGCAACCUGGCAUUCUCUGACCUGCUGGCAGGCUCGGCCUACAUAGCGAACAUUUUUCUGUCAGGGUCGAGGACCUUUGAGCUGAUGCCUGUGCAGUGGUUCAUUCGGGAGGGUACAGCUUUUAUUGCUCUGGCAGCUUCAGUCUUCAGCUUGCUGGCCAUAGCUAUGGAACGCUAUCUCGCUAUCACCAAGGUCAAGGUGUAUGGCUCCACCAAAACGUGCCGCAUGUUUCUUUUGAUAGGGGCUUGUUGGGUCACCUCCAUCCUGCUUGGAGGACUCCCCAUCAUCGGCUGGAACUGCAUCAACAACCUCCCUGAAUGCUCAGCUGUUUUGCCACUCUACUCAAAGAAGUACAUCCUCUUUGUUGUCACCAUUUUCAGCAUCAUACUGCUCUCUAUUGUCAUCCUCUAUGUGAAAAUCUAUUUGAUUGUACGCUCCAGCCGCCAGGAAGCAACCAAUGCAGCCACCUAUUCCCUUUUGAAAACUGUCACUAUAGUGCUGGGUGUCUUCAUCAUGUGCUGGCUGCCCGCUUUUACCAUCCUCCUCCUAGAUUCAUCCUGCAGGAUACAAUUCUGCCCUAUCCUCUCCAAAGCAGAAAUAUUUUUUGGCUUUGCCACUCUGAACUCAGCGCUUAACCCAGUGAUCUACACACUGCGCAGCAAAGACAUGAGAAAGGAAUUCCUGCGUGUGUUGUGCUGCUGGGGGGUGCUGCAGAGCGGGCGGCCCUCUGACCGCUGCCUGGUCCCUCUAAAGAGCUCUAGCUCUCUGGAACACUGCACCACCAAACACGAACACCAGACCACACCCAUCAUGCAAGACUGUACCACCUGUGUCUGACAUGGUGCAAACACAUUGGAGUGCUUUUGUGUAUGUGUGUGUAUGUAUGUGAAUGAGAGCGAGAGAAAGCAUGUGUUUAUAUGAGAUCAAGUAUAGAGGCUGUGAUGAGACGGAGAGAUGCUAAAAAACAAGCAAGCACACCCCGGACUGACAUGCCUGGCCAGGCUGCGACACAGCCAUCUACAACAACAACUUCUUCUUACUACAAUCAAAAUUGUGUGAUUUCACAAUCAGAAUUCAAUCAAUUCACCUGUGAAGCAGGUGUAAAAACACAAUGUUGGAUCCAAUUUUGUAGGUGAGAACUUUCAGAAAUGUGAAAAUAGCUUUUUUGUGGGUACUCUCAAUAAUUAAUAUGGUGUUGCAAAUCAUUGUCAUGGCUUGCAACAUGAUGUUUGUCAUCUUGUUUUUGUUUCUUAACAUGUAAACCCCUAUUAAAAGCCAAAAAUAGAAACAUAACAUGCAUAAUAUCAUUGUUAUGGUGAGUUGUUUUGGGCCUUUCAAGAACUGCAUCAAUGCAAAGCUUGCAAAGUUGCACUUUGUAGAUUACUCAGAGAUUGUUGCCUUUUGCAAGGUUUAACCACAUUACUCUCCUUUACAGAUAUAUGUAUAUAUUAGGCCAUCAGAUUCUCUUUCUUUACAGAGCUGGAGGCAGUGAUCAGCUUCACUCAACACUGCACUCCACACAAGCCAAAUUACUGAGUGCCCCCUCGACAAAACCAGGGCUAUAUAUUCCCCUAUAUAACCUUGCUUAAACCAUUUGAUUAACUACAACAAACUUACAUAAUCUGCAUACAUUUAAUGCAUGAAAUUCUAACUUAUUUGUAAGCGCUGAUGUGUAUGAUAUAUUCCAGCUCCAGCUUCCAUCACUAACACCCCUUCCCCCAUUUGUCCUCAUAAUCUGUCCCACUUGCUUUUACUGUUGUCUUUUGUAUCUUAACAGUUUCCGUAGAGGAAGGCCUAAUCAGAAAGCACAUUUCCUGAAGUGAGUUGGCACUGAUGAAUCAUUUUCAAUGACAGCUGUCCAGCAGCGUUGACUAAUGGGACCAACGUCCUGACAGUGUUGUAGAAACGUAGCAGAAAUGUGUUGUCCCUGUUUGUGCCUUCCUCUUGGGGAAUUAGGCUGAAUGUAUGUAUGAAGUGUUUGGGGCAGGCGCUCCAUUGUUGACAGUAUUAUUGAUCCUCAUUUUGAAUUACCAAGUCAUUGGCGAGCAGAGAGUGGGAUGAACAGGUUAGGUCACUCUCACUGUGAAGUCUUAAAUAGCACCAUGAACAAGAAUUUGUCGUGAACAUCCUGGUUUAAUGUGCUAGCCACAUGCCUUGUAAAAGUAACGAUGUAAGCACGCCUCAUAUUUCCAAAGACUCCUCACCUUCCCCACAAAAUAGGAAAAGAUCCGGUUUCAAACACACGGGGGAGAUCUGCCUUCCUGGGAGGUCAGCUCCAUCCUCAUUCUGACAUCCUACAACACGCAACUUCCUUCAGCCAGGAAGUCCUGUUUUUCAUUGUCCGGUUCCUGUUGUUCAGGGUUAGACUAACCUUCUUCCUGUAGACACACAUUUAGAAAUCUUCUCUCUCUCAGUGUUUUUUUAUAUUGACUUUUGUAUUUAGAUGGCCAAGUAAGAAAUGGUGAAAAGCACUUUGGCAGCUUCAGUGAUGUUUGCUUUUACCCCAAUAUUUUCAGAUGGAGAGGUGUUUCAAUCUGUGUACCUAUCACUUCAUUGUGUUGCCUGUAAUUUUUUUAUGAUAAAUACAUGAAUAACUAUGUAUGUUUGUAAGUAUGUAUCUUUGUACAGUAUGUAUGAUGUGUUGUAUGAAAUGUCUCGUGUGCAAUAGCCUUGUGUGUCCAGUAGCACGCUGCCUGUGUUAAAUCGGUACAAUCUGAAACACUAAUGUAGGUACAUAAACAUUUUUGUUAACUGCAUUCCUUUAUAAAAAAAAAAUAAAUGAAUUACUG